AGGCAUGGUACCUUCCUUACCCAUUCAAAACGUUAAACCCCAUAAAAUCUCCAAAUAUGUAUAUUCAAAUACAUAUAAUAACUUCUUACGUGUCCGAGUUUAUCUCAAAUUCUUACUUCAUAUUCCUCCUUGUUAAUGGAGUUGAUUUUGCUUGACUCAAGAACUUUUGUUGCUAAUUUUCACUUCUCAGAUUCUUUCUUCACCAAAUCAGCCCUGUCCUCAAUAACCCCAUAAAUAAAAAUAUUGAUUUCUCAUAUAAUUGUAUUUGCAAAGAAACGCCUGGUGUAGUUAAGUCGGAGACAACCUAGGACUGAUUUUAUAUUUAUAUGUUUUUUUAAAAAAAGUAAACGCCUUUUGCGUUGCCAUAAUUCGCAGCUUUUAUGGGUGGAAGAUAGAAUUCAAGCAGUCCAAUGGAGUCACCGACGAUUUGGGUUUCACGAGCAUCGUGUGUUUUGAUUUGGAAAGAUAUGAAUGUCGGCUAGCUGUAUGUGAUUGCGGUGUGUAUGUCCAAUUAUAUAUUCCUGUUGAUAUUUGAGUGAGAAGAAUUUGUUGUUGAUGGCGAUUAGUGAAAAUUUGAGUAAUUCGGUUGGUAGGGAUGUGGUGGAGAAUGAGAUUGAAAUGAAAUCAAGAGAAACCGUGAGUGUUAUUCGAGAAAACGGAGGAGACCCGGAUUUCAGAGGGAAAGACCAUGAAUUGGGGUCGAGUAAUGGAGUGAUGAAUGGGAAUGUGCAGGAAGUUUGUAGGACAAGAAGUCAAGAAAGGACUGGCGAUGGGGUUGUUGUAGAGUGUGUGAUUGUGAUAAACACAGGAGAAAAUGGGAGCAUCAAUGAAGAGGGUAGGGUUUUGAGAGCAAAAAAUGAUGGGUUGGGGUUGAGUGAUGGAGUAUUGAAUGGGGAUAAUCUUGAUGGGCAGGAGACCAUGAGUCAAGCUGAGCAAGAAACUGGUGAAAAAUCUAGCAAUUCGGUUGAUGGUGUGGUGCCAGAGACUUUGAUAGUGAUAAAUUCGCAGAAUUCAUGCGCUCAAGAUGGUGAUUUAGAGGUUAAGAGAAGUGACUUGAGGUUGGGUAGGGUGUUGGAAAAGCCCAAGGGAAAGGUGGAUGGAGUGGAGGAGCAAUCAUGUGCAAUCGAUGUGAAGCAUGGUGAUGGUGGUGGUGGUGGAGGUAUAAAAGAGAAGUGUGAUGGAGAAAAGGUGUGUAGAAUUUGUCACCUGAGUACUGAAGGCUCACUGGAAAAUACUGUGGCUACAAUGACCACUAAUGCUCAUAUGACAUCUACUUCCAUGGAUCUAAUUCAGCUGGGCUGUGGGUGUAAGGAUGAGCUUGGCAUUGCACAUGUUCACUGUGCAGAGGCUUGGUUUAAGCUAAAAGGAAACAGAUUGUGCGAAAUAUGUGGUCAAACUGCAAAAAAUAUUACUGGCGUGGGGGAUAACAGAUUUAUGGAAGAGUGGAACGAGCAAAGAUAUGCUAGAAACUACAAUAGCUCGUCAGAGAGGCGUGAAGGAUGUUGGCGAGGGCCGCCAUUUUGUAACUUCCUAAUGGCAUGCCUGGUAAUCGCUUUCAUACUCCCGUGGUUUUUUCAUGUAGACAUGUUUUAGUUGCAGUGAAUACAACAACUCCAGGUUAUCCCUUGCAUCAUCACCAUCCCCUGAAUGGGCAUAUGCUUAUGGGUCUAAUUAUUCAGACCUAAAGACGAUGAAGGUUUGGAUUCCAGAAGUCGGCCAGUGAACAGCAUAGCGUGAUUGAAUCGCUGGUAAUGGUUCUCGGACUUUGUAAUGGGAUUGUAAAAACGCCAAUUGAGUCUCAAUAUUCUUCAUGAGGCUGCAACAUUCUGAGAAGAUAUUUUUACUGCCUCCAUAGUUUUCAUGUUUCCAGUUUGUGAAGGAUUGUGCACAAGGGUUACAGUAUAAAUUGGUUGGAAUGCAAAUUCUGUUUAUUGUGAAAUAUUCAUUUGUUUGUCUUCUGGUUUA